AUGAGUUCAGGUAGACCAAUCAAAUGUGUUGUGGUAGGGGAUGGAACAGUAGGAAAAACAUGUAUGUUAAUAUCAUAUACAACAGACAGUUUUCCAGGAGAAUAUGUUCCCACAGUGUUUGAUAAUUAUUCAGCACCUAUGGUUGUGGAUGGAAUACCUGUUAGCCUAGGGCUUUGGGAUACAGCAGGUCAAGAAGAUUAUGACAGGCUUCGUCCACUUUCGUAUCCACAAACUGAUGUUUUUCUGAUUUGUUUCUCAGUAACAAGUCCUUCAUCCUUUGAAAAUGUUACCAGUAAAUGGUAUCCAGAGAUAAAACAUCACUGCCCAGAUGCCCCAAUGAUACUUGUUGGAACUAAAAUAGACUUAAGAGAUGAUCGUGAGACACUUACUGCCUUAGCUGAACAAGGUCUUAGUGCUAUAAAACGUGAACAAGGACAAAAAUUGGCAAAUAAGAUUCGUGCAGUUAAAUAUAUGGAAUGUUCUGCACUAACACAACGUGGUUUAAAGCAAGUAUUUGAUGAAGCAGUACGUGCUGUUUUAAGACCUGAACCUCAAAAACGCAGACAGAGAAGAUGCAUUAUGUUAUAAACAGUAAAUAAUCAAGAACUAAUCAAUAUAUUACAUGCUCUCUAUAAAAGGACUCAAUAAAAAAAAAAUAGUGUGAUGAUGACUAACAAAUAUUCCAC